UUCCUGCUCGCAAACUCCGGCGCCGUGGCGGGGAGGAGGCAGCCCCCACCCGGGGCGGCCGGAUCCCGCCGCGCCGGAGCAAUGGCUCCGAGUAAAAGGGAGGAGGGGAGAGGCAAGCCAUGUUUAAAACAAACUACACCCUUCUCCUCGCCUCCCGCGGCAGACCCUCUCCAGAGGGUGCUGAAGGCAAGGAUGCAGCAAAAGUAACUAAACAAGAGCCCACAAGACGAUCAGCAAGACUGUCAGCUAAACCUGCUCCACCAAAACCUGAACCCAAACCAAGGAAAACAACAAAGAAGGAACCUGGAACAAAGGCCAGCAAAGGUGCUAAAGGGAAGAAGGAUGAAAAGCAAGAAGCUGCAAAGGAAGGUACUACACCAUCUGAAAAUGGUGAAAAUAAAGCUGAAGAGAUUCGCAUCUCGCUCAACUGUUAGUGUUUCAACAUCCAGAGGUGCCCCACCCAGCACACUGUCAGUAAAAGGGCAGAUUGAAAGAGUGAAAGUUAAGGGUGCGCUAGAGCAUUCAGCAUGUGUGCAGUGGAUAGGAACAGGUGGUAGUGUGGUGCUUUUCAGUGUGAACCAUGGAAGCUGACAGGUAAGGCUUGUAUUGCUUUUGAAAAGCUGGGACCUGUGAGUUGAGAAAAGUGUGUGACUGGAACUGUUCCGGUUGUAUAGAUGUCCUAUGGACACAGGUUUGGAGCUGCUGCAAGUAAGAAAUCUAAGGAGUAAGGAUAGCUUGGGUAUUUAGGUACCUAAUAGCAUUUCACUAUAGUAAUUGAAUUUCUUUUUUUUUUUUCUCCACAGGCUCAGAAAACUGAAUCUGUAGGUGACAAGAAUGAAUGAAAUACCAUGAAAAUUUUGGGUUGAUUUUAUGUACCUCUUGGACAACUUUUAAAAGAUAUUUUUAUCAAGUAUUUUGUAAAUGCUAAUUUUUUUAGGACUACGAUAGUUGACAUAUUAAACUGUAUAUGAACAUUUCCCUUCUCAUAACAGUGCUUUUAGAAAUUCGCAUUGUUGCCAAGUAAUAUAAAUAUCAACUUAAUAUUGCAAGGUAUGUGUAAAAUUGGAUCAGCAUUCCAUACACUUGCUUUAAGAAAUUAUGUCUUGUGCAUAUGGUGAUGUUUUUACUGUGUGUAUUUGAAUUUUUCAUGCAGUUUUUCUAGAGCAAUAAUCAGUGGUGCUUUUGUACUUAGGUUUUAUGUGAUUUUAAUGAAACAUGGAUAGAUGUGGCCACCUGCUGACUAUUUUGGGUUCUUUUAAUGGAUUGAAAUAAAAGGUCUCCUUGCCUGCAAAACUAAAGACUCCUAAUGUUUUCUCUAAAUCCGAGGAAUGCCAUACUCACAUCUUUGACUUUACAAGGCAGACUACAUGAUUUAGUAUGAGUUGUUUUGCAUGCGGUGCGUUUGCUUUUUUUUGGCUGAUAUCUGAUUAAAAACUACCCACACAGGAGCAGCAAAUUGGGAUUUUCAGUGGCCUACAAUUUAGGGGAUUUACAGAUAAAUUCUUCAUAGAUGCAUUCAUCAGAUACACUGUCACAGGGUGAGUAGAGUUGCCACACUCUGACAGAAUAUUGUGUCUUCAAUGAGCUAUCAGUACAGAACAAAUUGCUUGAUUGAUAGAGACGUACAUUAAUUUAAAAGUAGCUUUGUUUCUCCCCACUCUCUUUUCAUUAAUGUGCACUGUAGUCUGUGGAAACCUUUCUUUCUAUCUGUAGCCUCAAAUUUAAUAUAAAUAGUAAUUACUGUUCUUCAGCUGAGGACAGUUGUUAAUACAUUGAAAUUGCUGUUAAACAGUGCUAUAUAUUUGGUACCUGGUGGAAGUGGAACAAUGAAAGUUGAUUUUGAGGUGAUUGUGAUGAUGUGGUAGAUUAGCCAAUGAUUUUUCAGUGUCCAUGUUCCAACUCUGCAGCUCACUCUAAGUACCUUUUAUGAUUUUUCUCCUUCUCUUUUCUCUAGGGGUCCUGGUGUUUCUAUUGUUACUUCUGGGAUGGGAGGGGUGAAAGAAAAGAUGUUCCCUGUUCUUCAGUAACAUUGAUUUGUAUUGCUCAAGUGGUAGCCAUUAUGUCUGAGGAUACCUUUUGCUUGUUUGAGUCAAUAAAUAAAUGACUGUUGCCUGA